AUGCCGUCAGGGAAGGUGGCUAUCUCGGUCAGCAGCAAGCUGGCCGUGCCGCUGGUGUUUAAUAUCGAGGAUGUGAAGAGACUGAGAGAACGGGGCGCAGUAGGAAUUCUGUGUGGAACGCUACCCACGGCUGCGCAGCAGAAUUUGUUUCUAACGGUGCCGUUGAGGCUUAUGGCUGAGGAGGCUGUGUGGCUUGUAGCGUCAGGAUAUGCGUAUUUUUUGGGCGACGACGUUUUGUUGCAGGAGGCGCUGGAAGGUGUCGGAUCGAAAACCGUGGAACAAUGGGGGCGGGAGGAGCGGCGGCAAAAGGAGCAGCAGCUAGCAUGGAGGCGGCAGCAGCGUAAGGAAAGGGAGGCCGCUUACGGGGGGGGCGGCGACGGUGGCGACAGGGGAGAUUUAGCCGCCGAGGGUGGCGAUGGCGAUGGCGCUCGGCGUUUAGAGGAGGAGCAGUCGCUGUUCAUCGAGACGUGCAACGAAUCGCGGCUGACGAGUGAGAAGGUGCGCGCGUUUUCUGAGGAUGCGGUGUUGCAGCAGGGACUGGUGAAUGCGGUGAUAGCACGGUAUCUUAAAAUCGGGGAUUACUUGAUGUUCAAGAGUCUGCGAGAACAAAACUAUUUCUUGUCGCCGGGGGCGAGGUUUGGGGCCCGGUUUAUAGCGUACCCUGGGGAUCCGUUGAGGUACCAUUCGCAUAUGGCUGUGCAGCCAGCCAUUGACUACUAUACGGAGGCUGUUGAUCUUCAGCAGGUGGUUUGUGGAGGGCGGCUUGGGACCGGGGUGAAGAAACUAUGGAUAUUGGGUGGAGUGCGGUACCGGGAGGUGGAGGCUGGGGCGGACCAGUUGUUGGAGUGCGGUGCGCCAGUGUCUUUCUUUUCCAUUGAGUGGGCAGGGUUCGGCUAG